UAUGACGAUAGCGAUACUUAAUUUGACGAUAGCCGAUUUGGCUUGUAAGUUUACUUUUACGGUUUUUAUUGGAAAUAUCUACAUUUUAUUUCUUUCACUGUGUGUUUAGUGGAAUUUACAAUCUUAAACAAUAGACAUGAAUCGUAGACGGGCUCAUGACGAAGAAGAUGGAUAUGAGCGCCUUAAUAAAAAACGUCGUCGUGUAUCUGAAAACCAAGAAAUCGAAGAUAGAUUGGAAUCCCUUAUUUUAAGGGUGGGUGAAAAGAGUAGUUCCAGUUUGGAGAGUAACUUAGAAGGAUUAGCGAGUGUAUUGGAAGCAGAUUUAAGUACAUUCCGUGUUAAAAUUUUACGUAUUUUAACUGAAUGUGCUAUACGAAUGCCAGAAAAGUGCACUAUAUACGCAACAUUAGUUGGUUUACUAAAUGCGAAAAAUUAUAACUUUGGAGGUGAAUUUGUUGACUACAUAGUAAAGACUUUUAAAGAAAAUCUCAAAACAGGUAAAUGGAACGCAGCCCGUUAUUGUUUAAGAUUUAUAUCAGACUUGGUAAACUGUCACGUCUUGGCAGCAUCAUCUUUACUCACUUUAUUAGAAACACUAGUGGAUUGUGCAAAUGAGGAUGGUGUGCCACAAGUAAGAAGAGAUUGGUUUGUAUUUGCUGUGUUGUCAACCUUGCCAUGGGUUGGAAGAGAGCUGUACGAAAAAAAAGAAUCACAAUUAGAUCAUCUAUUAGUAACAAUUGAUGUAUUUUUAAAUAAACGUAGCAAGAAACAUUGGCCGGCAUUAAAAGUGUGGUCUGCGGAUGUACCACAUCUCCAAGAAGAAUACUUGGAUUGUCUUUGGGCACAGAUUAAAAAGCUUAGACAAGAUAAUUGGUCUGAGAAGCAUAUACCAAGACCUUAUCUUGCAUUUGACUCUAUUCUGUGUGAAGCUCUACAACAUACAUUGCCAACAAUACAGCCUCCACCCCACAAUGAUGGUGAUACCUACCCAAUGCCUAGAGUAAUAUUCCGUAUGUUUGAUUACACUGAUUGCCCUGAUGGUCCAGUAUUACCAGGUGCCCAUUCUAUUGAGAGAUUCCUCAUUGAAGAACACCUUCACAAUAUAAUUGAAGCAUACCACUUAGAAAGAAAAGAAUGUGCAGCUCAACUUUUAUGCUUUCCAUACAAAGCUAAAAUACCGCUAGAGUAUUGUAUUGUAGAAGUAAUUUUUGCUGAAUUAUUCAAUUUACCAACUCCAAGAUAUUUGGAAAUAUGUUAUGGCUCUAUACUCAUAGAGCUUUGUAAGCUACAGCCUUCGACUAUGCCACAAGUUUUAGCUCAAGCAACUGAAAUUUUAUUCAUGAGGAUAGAUACCAUGAGUAUUGCUUGCUUUGAUAGAUUGGUGAAUUGGUUUGCAUAUCAUAUAAGUAACUUCCAGUAUCGUUGGUCUUGGGAUGACUGGGAAGGAUGUGCUCAGUUAGAUCCAGACCAUCCUAAGCCUAGAUUCAUACGGGAGGUUCUCGGUAAAUGUCUCAGGUUAUCAUAUCAUCAAAGAAUAAAAGACAUGACACCAGAAGCACUUGCGGCAUUUGUGCCUUUAAAACCAGAACCUAUCUACAAAUAUUCAAUGGAAGGUGCAGCUUCUCUACCCGGUACCGAAGCAGCGCAUCAGUUAGUCGUCUGUGUCCGCAAUAAAUGUACACCAGAAGAGGCUUUGAACGUGUUACGGGAACUGCCUAAUCCACUGCGCGAGGGAGACUCGACGGCCGCGCUCACUACUUACAACCCUUUGAAGAUAGACGUGUUCGUUCAGACAUUGCUCAAUCUGGGCAGCAAGAGCAUUUCUCACAGCUUCGCCGCUAUUUCCAAAUUCCAUUACGUCUUUAAGAUUUUGGCGGAAUCGGAAGAAGCUCAAAUCUGCGUGCUACGUAAUGUAUGGGAACUCUGGCAGCGUCAUACCCAGGUGGUGUGCGUGUUAGUGGACAAGAUGCUUAAGACGCAGAUAGUGGAGUGUAGUGCGGUGGCCACUUGGCUGUUUUCCAAGGAGAUGGCUCCGUACUUCACGCACGGAUAUCUGUGGGAGAUCCUGCAUCUAACCAUUGAUAAAAUGAACAAACACGUCUCUAAACUUAGCAAAGAGUUGCAAGAAGCAAGAGAAGCUCUUGCAAGAGACGAAGAAAGUAGUUCCGAGUCAGAAGAUGAAAGUGGAAAUAAAAAGAAGAAAGAUCAACUCAAGCCCACUGAAGAGGCAGUGGAGCGCAUGGAGGAGCGCCUGGAGAUGGCGCACACGGACCAGAAGCGCCUGUUCCUGAUCGUGUUCCAGCGGUUCAUCAUGAUCCUGUCGGAGCACCUGGUGCGCGCCGACACGGACGCGCGCGACCCGCACACGCACUGGUACCGCGCCACGCUCGCGCGCCUGCGGCAGGUGUUCCUGCUGCACCACGAGCAAGUUCAGAAGUAUAGUAGCACUUUGGAAACACUCCUAUUUACUCAAGAUCUGGAUCCUCAUAUUUUGGAUGUAUUCCAUCAAUUUAUAGCUCUCACCGCUUAAGUGUAUUGUAUUUAACUAUAUAUGUGUAAAAUAAUUUGACCUCAAUUGCUAUAACAAUAGAUACUAUUUUUAUAUGUAUAAAACCGAUCUUUAAUAGAAACGAAUAGCCUUAGUGUACUUAUUAAUAUUGCUUUGAGGAUUAUAAAUUAAAGACUGUUACGUGUGUUUGUGGAGGCAAAUUGAAUUCAUGUAGUUUGUUAGAGAUAUAUUUAAUGUAAUCAGAUUAAGUAAAGUAAUUUAUUUACAUUUCAAAAUUUACAUUAUAUGAAACGUUUGAAUAUAAAGCAUUUGUCUUUGACAUGUUUAAUGUUUAAAUAUAAGUAAAUUGAAAAUAGACCCUUAGUUGUAUAUAAAUAAAGUUUAAUAAUCUUUGAA